AUGAGUACCCCACCAUUGAGUCCAAGAGAAGGAUACAAUGAUAUAUCUCCAAGCGUUGCCUCAUUUGCCACUUUCAGAUCAGCUGUUACUGAACAUUUUCCACAUGUUCAGGCGCCAGAUCCCCAGGAUAUGUUUAAUGGAUUAAAGUACCCACCACUUCAUCUGCUGAUUAACAAAGGAUUUAUUAAACCUGGAAGGAAUAUUCUGACUGCUAAUGCAAAGGGUAAAGAAUUCAAAUCCUCACUUACUGAAGAUGGAAACAUAGAGAGCUUAGGUGGAGAAUUGUUCCAGACACCAGUUAAAUGGUUAGCAGCUAUUCUUGGUAAACCAGUUCCUGAUGUAAAGAAAAGUCAAGCUUACAAACAGGUUCAUUAUAGAGGGAUGUCAUUGAUAAGUAUCUUAAAAGAACCCACCUUAGUAUUACAUGAUGAAGUGGAGGGAGCAUUGCAUGAGCUUUAUCCUAAUUCGUCUGUAUGGCAACAUAACAUGACAUGA